UAAUAUUUGGUAGCUUUCCGGUGGCGGAGUCUGGAGAAGACGCGCAGAAAUGGCACCUCGCAAGGGGAAGGAAAAGAAGGAAGAACAGGUCAUCAGCCUCGGACCUCAGGUGGCUGAAGGAGAAAACGUAUUUGGUGUCUGCCACAUCUUUGCAUCCUUCAAUGACACUUUCGUCCACGUCACUGAUCUCUCUGGCAAGGAAACCAUCUGCCGUGUAACCGGUGGGAUGAAGGUGAAGGCUGACCGAGAUGAAUCCUCGCCAUAUGCUGCUAUGUUGGCAGCCCAGGAUGUGGCACAGAGGUGCAAGGAACUGGGUAUCACUGCCCUCCACAUCAAACUCCGGGCUACAGGAGGAAAUCGGACCAAGACUCCUGGACCUGGGGCACAGUCAGCCCUCAGAGCCCUUGCCCGCUCAGGAAUGAAAAUUGGGCGGAUUGAGGAUGUCACCCCCAUCCCCUCUGAUAGCACCCGCAGGAAGGGGGGUCGCCAUGGUCGCCGUCUGUGAACAGGACUCGUCAAAUUAUUUUCUGUUAAAAUAAAUUGCCUUCUUGUAAACCAAAAAAAAAAAAAAAUAAUA